AUGACGUUUAACACGAGUGACCGAUUUUACUGUGCCCUGCUCAUACUUUUGAUUACCUCGAGCGGCGUGCAAAAUUCGGAGGACGACUGCACGAUAAACGUGCAUAGGGACCUCAACAAGUCCAAGACUGCUCUCCUGUUGUCGAACAAGAAACCGCCGAGUUUUGUUUAUCCGAAUCCACUGACGCCAUCGAUCGUCAGAUUAAACGACGACGAGCCCAUUCGCUUCGAAUGUGAGGGCCGUACUCAGCUUCUGGAUUGUAGGAAAAAAAGUGGGGAUCAGCCGAAAAAACUCUCUUGCGAUGGACUUGCCAAGUUUAUGAGUAAAGAGAAAAAAGUAAACUGCCCGUCCAACGUCGAGUGCCUAACAAUCGGCUUUCCCCUAAACAUCUUCGACUUUGUGCCAACGAUAGAUCUAAUCUACUUGAACCCCGGCAGAAAGCGACCUCUAUGGGCUCACGCGAAGAUCGUUCCGAUCAUAGCCGAACGCCAAAAAUCUGGUCAACCCGUUAACCAGAAUUUCAAAACCUGUGAGUUUUUCGAUGGAAUAUCAUCCGUCAGCAGCAUGGACGAGAUAUACGACAAGUUUUACCAAAAAACGCGACUCUCCAAGCUACUGGGCGACGAAUCCUUGGCCGAACAGUACAUCAACGACGAGGGCGCCACUAUAUUCCAACCAGGUGGCGAACAACUAGUGAGGGGCCUCUUGAUAGACAGACAGGACUUUUUCUACUUUUCGCAGCAGAGCACGACGCAGCACUACGCCAAUGUGAUAAAAUUUUAA